AUGGAUUGGGUCCCCCCAGAGUUUCUUAAGAACAGUGUUGACAAUUAUUUCUUUGUAAAUAUGUGGUGCGACUGGUCACUUAUUGGAUUUAUUGAGACUAAGAGAAGUCAAAUCCUUGCUGACCUUCAAAAGGUAGCUGUGCAUCAUUCAUAUAAGAAAGAUUUACAAUCGAUCCUGGAGGCAGAACCGCCCGACGACGUCUCCUUCGCCAUUAUGAAACAACUAACACAAAAAAUAACAGAAAGUGAAGAAGUCAAAUUGUUCUGGAAAACAAUAACUGCUGAGAAGAAAUAUAGGGAACAGUUAACUAAUAUCAGAGCCAGUGCUUCAUUUGAAAGUGUAAGUCUGUGUGUAGAGUUGUUAAUGGAGUACUCCAGUUUCAAACCGGAGUGGUUUAUAUGUUUUAUUAUAGUUUGGAGUACUCCAUUAACAACUCUAUCUGAUGUUCUCAAGAUUCGUGGGAAAAGAUUUGUUGAAGAAAUUGAUGAUGUGGCUCGACGAGAUGUAAAGAGAGUGGAACUUGGAAAUGACAAUGAAGAUAUUAAAUUGUUCUCAACUCCUCAUAAACCGAUUCUUACACCACAUAAGUUUAGUAUGAUAUCUCUUAAAGUUAUCCCGGGGUUUAAAUCCCUUAAAAAUAUUCUUAAAAUAAGAUAUCCUGAGAUAGUAAACGAGAUAGAAACUUAUGAGGAAGAACAGAAAAGGCUAACUAGCCUAGGAACAACUCUUAAGGUAUGGCUGGGAAAAAUUUUAUCAUCAACCACUCCAGAGGAGUUAUAUAAAUGCCUUAUGGAGCAAUUGCAAGGCGAAAAUAUCACAGACCGAGACAAGAAAUUACAUGAAAUAUUUGAGUUAACGGUGUCAACACCUUUUAAACUCGUUGAAUAUGUGUUUGGAACCAUUACGACAUACUGGAUUGAAAAAGAAAUAAUGUCAACAAAGGCAACAGAGUUCGUAGAUAACCCAAUUGGUGAGCCAGUAUCCAAAAAAGCUGAUGCACUGGCCACAGAUCUUACACAUAAUAUAGACGUGAUGAAUAUGGAAUCAUCAGGAGGUCCCUUUCAACAAGAUAGAAAACAUACUCUCGAGGAUUCAGAAAAGAUCUCAAAUACUGGAGUAAAUAUUCUUCUUACAAGUCUCCGAAAAUAUCUUGGUGCUAGUAUUGAGACCGCCAAGAAACUUAAAACAUUCAAUAUUCAAAUCGUUGAAGAUCGAAUCAUGCUAAUGGAAGUAUCUCUUUACAAACCACGGAUUUGCAAAGAGAUCGAAGUCAGAAGCGCCGUCUUUCCAUUUGCUUUAUCCUCCAUAGGAGAAUAUAUGCGUAUUUUUGAGCUCAACGACGAACUUCUCAAGCGCCAAGAGGUCAUACGAGAGUUGUCUAAAGAAACUAAUGGAGUAAAGGAGAUAGA